AUGGUGCAAGAAACCUCAUCAUCCAACAAACGACGGUCAGCCUUUUCACGCUUUCGAAUAGCAUUAUCUUCAAGGAAACAAUCACCUCAUUCACAAACACAGCUUCAGCAACAGCCUCAGCAUCAGCAGCAUAUACAUCAGCAUCAAUCAAACGAAAAAAAUCUUCAGAACCAGCAAAAUCCUCCCGCACACUCAGGCACACUCGGAAGACGGAUAACACGCAUAUUGUUUCAGAAUAAUCGAGCAUCAUCAUCACCUAGUGCUGCACCAGAACCAACUGCUACUAGUUCUACCGGGGCUCUUCUCACCAGGGCCGCAAGUAGGAUCCGGAGAAACACAAAAGGCACGAACAAAAUCGAUUACGACGACUAUUUGACAGCUGUCACUCGCAGCAAUAGCAGCGGUUGCAUCCACAAAAAUGGUAGCAGCAACUACUAUCCACAAGAUGAUAUCGAAGUCGAUGUGAAUGAUUUUGAAAAAAACAGUGAUAGGCGGCACCAGUAUUAUCUCCAUAAUUAUCGCAACAAAAGGAUAACCAGAGAUCUAGUUCAGCAUCGUCAUCAUCAGCAACAGCAAGAGCAGCAGCAGCAGGACCAAAUUCAGGAGCAGCAAUUACAACCACAAGGGAUACUGCGGCGUCGAGCGAGAAGCAACAGCGGCAGUGCAUUAACGGCUUUGGCGGAAAAAGUAGAAAUUGAUGCUUUCGCACAAGAAAUUCGUACCACAGCAGCCGCAACACCAGCAGAACAUGCACUCCUUCCAUCUUCAUCAUCAGCGGCGGCUGAAACCCCUGGGCCCUCACUCAGAGAAGCUCUGUGGCAUUCCUGCCCUGGCCUUGACCAGUUUACUCGAACUACGACAUGCAGUAUGGAGAAAUAUGAAGUGGGUGAAACAACAAUAGCAGCAGCAGCGGCACAAGUAUUGAAUAUGCUUUCGGACGAUCCUCCUCGAUAUUAUGACUCGACGACUUCCGUCACAACAGACGAUGACGAAGGCAUCAUGACCCCCGUAUCAGCAAAUGCAUGUAGCGCUGUGGUAUUCUGGGAUAAUGGAGCUGUAACUACAACUACUACAGCCGUUAGUGCUGCUGUGCCUGCUGCUUCCGAAGCUGGUACUUCCGCUCUAAGAACUACCAAUGCUAUUAUUCCUGAGGAUCACGAGGACGAAAAUAGCAACAAAAUCGAUAUUACCGGUACUGACUUUGGCAAAUGCAACAUCAACAGCAACGUAAUUUUUAGCAAUAGCACAAUCCUUAGUAAUAGCAAUACCAGUAUCAGCAAUAACAACAGCAUGAGCAACAUCAGCAGCACUACUACUACUAGUAGUAGUAGUAGCAGCAGUAGUAGCAGCAGUGAUGGAGCAACUAUCAAUAUCAUCUCAAGAAGCAGUAGUAGCUCGAACAACAAUGACGACAGCGACGAUGACAACGGACAUGACGACAAUCAUGACGACGACGAUGUUGAUGACUAUGGUGACUAUGGUGACGAUGAUAACGAUAGCAAGUUGACUAUCAGCUUCAACAGAGUGCAAUUGUCAGAACAGGUGCGAAUGGUGCUUGGCGAGGCGUUUCGUCAAGCAGACGAGGAGUUCGAAGAACGGCAGGAGUGA